AUGAGCGGAUUGUAUCCUAUACCUGACACAAGGUUUGAGAGCACAUUUAAAAGAGCAUUAAAUCGAGAAGCUGAAAAGCAGAGAACUCUACAAUGGAAAAAGAUGGGGGUUGAAGACCCGCUAGUGAUUAAUCAAUUGCAAAAGAACCAGCCUGUUAAAAUUAAUAGUUAUGUGGUUUGUAAAGUAGUGGCAAGAGACGUUAUAUUUAUGCCUCUCGUUCAAGGUCUCUUAUGGACUAGUCUUCUAAUCACGAUGAAACCUUGGUUAAGAAGCGUGAUUCAAAACGGUAGAAAAUUCGGUACUUUUAUCUAUAGGACGGUACUGGGUACUGAUCUAAUUAAAAAGAAGCAAGUAUAG